AGCAGAGCAACCCUCUCCUGGGGGAGGGGGGAAGGAGGAAGAAGAGGAGGAGGAAGAAGAAGAACCUGCAGCUGCUGCUGCAGGAGCGGGCGGAGGAUUGGCUACACUGCUUGACCUGGCAGGCUUUUAUGCGGCAAAGGGCUCCGCUGCUUGUUCUUUGGCGGCUGAGAGAGUAGGCUGAGCCUUUAGAGGGGGAGGGAAGUUGCCAGGCAGGCAUGCUGCCUUGAGGGGAGUUUCACAAAAGCAACGAUUGCCAGACUGAACAUUCUUCACGGUCAGAAAGGAAGAGACGUGACUCAUUCGGGAUGUUUGAUGGUUAUGAUAGCUGCAGUGAGGAUACCAGUAGUAGUUCCAGUUCCGAUGAAAGUGAAGAAGAAGUUGCUCCUUUACCUUCCAGUCUCCCGAUUAUCAAGAACAAUGGACAAGUCUACACAUAUCCUGAUGGCAAAUCUGGCAUGGCUACCUGUGAGAUGUGCGGGAUGGUUGGUGUCAGAGAUGCCUUUUAUUCUAAAACCAAGCGUUUUUGCAGUGUUUCCUGCUCAAGAAGCUACUCAUCGAACUCAAAGAAGGCCAGCAUUCUGGCCAGACUUCAGGUAACGGGAAAACCUCCAACUAAGAAGGCUAAAGUGCUACAGAAACAACCUUUAGUUGCUAAAUUAGCUGCAUAUGCUCAAUACCAAGCAACAGUACAGAAUCAGUCAAAGACUAAAACAGCAUCUGUUCCACUAGAGGGUUUCAGCUGGGGCAACUACAUCAAUAGCAAUAGUUUCUCCGCUGCUCCUGUUAACUGUUUUAAACAUGCCCCCAUGGGGACUUGUUGGGGCGACAUUUCAGAAGGUGUGCGUGUAGAAGUCCCUAACACAGACUGCAACUUACCUACCAAAGUCUUCUGGAUUGCUGGGAUUGUAAAAUUAGCAGGUUACAAUGCUUUACUAAGAUACGAAGGCUUCGAAAAUGAUUCAAAUCUCGACUUCUGGUGCAACAUUUGUGUUCCUGAUAUCCACCCGGUUGGUUGGUGUGCAACCAGUGGGAAACCUCUAGUACCACCUCGAACCAUUCAUCACAAAUACACAAACUGGAAGGCUUUUCUAGUGAAACGACUCACUGGUGCCAAAACUCUUCCUCCUGAUUUCUCUCAGAAGGUAUCAGAAAGCAUGCAGUAUCCUUUCAAACCUUCAAUGAGAGUCGAAGUUGUUGACAAAACGCAUCUCUGCCGAACACGGGUAGCUGUCGUAGACAAUGUAAUUGGAGGCAGGUUAAGAUUAGUAUAUGAAGAAAGUGAAGACAAAACAGAUGAUUUCUGGUGCCAUAUGUACAGUCCUCUCAUCCAUCCCAUUGGUUGGUCUCGAAAUAUAGGACAUCGGUUCAAAAGAUCUGAUAUUGCCAAGAAACAGGACUCUCACUAUGAUGCACCCCCACAUUUAUUUGUGAAGGUAAAAGAAGUUGAGUCAAGUGGAGAAUGGUUCAAGGAGGGAAUGAAGUUGGAAGCCAUAGAUCCAUUAAACCUUUCUGCAAUAUGCGUGGCAACGAUUAGAAAGGUAUUAGCCGAUGGAUAUCUUAUGAUUGGAAUUGAUGGCUCUGAGGCAGCAGAUGGGUCUGACUGGUUUUGUUACCACGCCGCUUCCCCUUCUAUAUUCCCAGUUGGUUUCUGUGAAAUUAACAUGAUAGAACUAACUCCACCCCGAGGUUAUGCAAAACUACCUUUCAAAUGGUUUGACUACCUCAGGGAAAUGGGUUCAGUAGCAGCUCCUGUGAAGCUCUUCAACAAGGAAGUUCCAAACCAUGGGUUUCAUGUUGCAAUGAAACUGGAGGCAGUCGAUCUCAUGGAACCUCGUCUAGUAUGUGUGGCCACAAUAACUCGCAUUAUCCAUCGUCUGUUGAGGAUACAUUUUGAUGGCUGGGAAGAUGAAUAUGAUCAGUGGGUAGACUGUGAAUCUCCUGACCUCUAUCCUGUUGGGUGGUGUCAACUAACUGGGUAUCAACUACAACCUCCUGCCUCGCAAUCAUCAAGAGACAGCCAGUCAAGUUCAUCGAAGCAGAAGAAAAAAUCGAAGUCGCAACAGUACAAAGGACACAAAAAAAUGUCUUCACUGCAGCUGAAAGAGGAGUUACUGGAUGGAGAAGAAUACAACUUUCUUCAAGGAGCAUCUGAUCAGGAAAGCAAUGGGUCUGCCAGUCACUACAUCAAACAAGAACCCUAAGGGCAAACUUGGAAGCCUGUACAAAAUGACUGAUGUUCCCAUUCUGAGGAUACAGUUGGAUGGCUUCGACUAAGGGCACUUUGCUAACUGAUCUCAGUUGAGAAUUUUUGGAGGACAAGGAAACUAUUUUAGUGAAAAAAAAGAUUUUUUCAAUUUGCCAUAAAAAAUGACACUCAGUUGCAUUUGAAACUUUAAAUGAAUUUUGUAACAUUUUCAAGUUCAGAUUUUAUUGGUACAAGCUGGUUUAAAAAUGAAGCUCUAAUUUUUUGGUAAGGAUUAAAAGCUUAGUGAGCAGGUUCGCAGGAAACCCUUGGAGGUUGAUAGUAUAGUUUCAAAAACAAGUGAACUGUCAUAACAGGUGAACCUUCUGGUACCAGCUGGGAGAUUCUGAAUUUUAAAGCUAACACAAGUUAUAUACCCUGUCCUUUCCAUAGUCAAGUCUUGAAACUAAAAUUUUAGGGUGGUGAAAACGUGCCCAAAUGAGGUGGAAACCGAGUUUGAAUGGAGGAUUAUUUUUCCAAAAAAGUGACAACAUGCUCGUCUUCUAUCUGACAUUCUAUUAAAUCAUGUUCAGUCUCUACUGAAGUCAGUGAAUGGUGGGCUAGAUACAGCUGCAUUCUGGAUUUCAUUUUGAAUUCUUAGGAUACUCAAGCAAAUGAUCAGCAAAAUGUCAAAGGGUAUCAACUGGAGAGAUUUUAGAAUGGAAUUCGGUUUGGGAUUUUUGUUUUAUGCAAGCAAAACAGGCCCUUUUGUGGGAAAUAUCUACAGUUUGACUUUUCAUCUUACUGGAAGACUCAAAUGAACAACAAAUGCAACGUGGGAAGGUGCAAGUCUACUUUUGGACCUGACAUUUGGCUUUCUCCCCUAUGUGGAAGAGCUUUUAGCUUGUAAUGAAUUAAACUGGUUUGCCUGAAGGUUAUGUUUGGAUCUGGCUUUAGGCACCCUUUUUUCUUCGACUUGGCUGCUGAUAACCGUUUUAAAUUAAUGUAUUUUCAAGAGUUUUUGUGACUGAUUUGGCAAGAAUGCUGAAUUUGCCUAGAAUCUUUUUUGCAGAGAGUUAAGUCUAGAUAUCAGCAGAUAUCUUUUGUCAUUGAAUUGAACAUGCGAACAUCUCCACUCUGCGGUAUUGUGACAGGAUGAUGUGUGUCAAGGGUUUUGCUUUUACCAGUAAGGUUCAUUAACUAAACUCUCAGGAAUUAACUGCUUGCGUUCUGUAAAGUGCUUAUGGGUCAUAGCAGGUCCUAUUUAGAGCAGUAUAACUUGUUGAAUUCUUUACUCUAGGGUAGGAUUGAGAAGGAAUUAAUUCUAUUGAUUAACCUCUGCAACCGUUAAGCCUAUGAAUAGCAACCCACAAAAGCCCCAGAGACAGUUUUGUUUGGGAAUAUAAUUGUUUUGAAUAUUUAAAAACGCAUAGAAAGUUGAAAACCAGCAAUUUGAUUCUUUUCUUAAUUAUCUUGCUCUAUUGUUGAGAAUAUACCAUUGGUGAUAUGCAAAGGUUUUACCACAUUCUAUGCAAGAGGGGAUAAUGGUGUAAAAUGUUAUAGUAACUACUGGAAGUAAAUUUUUUUCUGUACAGUAUAGGAAUGUAUGAGAACAGUUUCUAGUCAUUUUUUCCACAUAGCUGGGCCAUUUUUUUGUCAACUGCUUCAGGUAUGCAUAUUUUAAAAACUGAUUUUGGGUGUCAGAUACAUUUAAAUUUAGUUAGUAAUUGGAUACUUCAUGUCCCAAAAAUAUCAUGGUCAUGAUCCAGAGAACUGUGA